AUCAGUGAAGAAGAAAAAAUAGGAAUAAAAUAAAGAAUAUUCUCUAUAAUUUCCUAAGAAUGCCAAGUAAAGAUCGAGGGACAAAAGGCAAGUUCUCAUUGAGUUACUGUUCAUCGUGUUUUUAUUCAAUAUUUCAACCAUUUUCACCGUCAAAUUCACGCCGUGAUGGAAACACAUUAAGCCUUCUCUACCUGAUCUGCUUAACAACAAUCGGAGUGGUUUUAAAUAUUUCAAGAUGGCUUCAAAAAGAUCGUUUCUCAAAGACAAACAUCGUUACUCAUGAUCACAUAAGUGGAUUUUUGAUGACAUGUAUUUUGCCUUCACUUAUAUGGAUGUUAUAUUACACGGUCAAGACGCCUGGCAAGUCUACAGUGGAAUUUCUAAACUCGUCUGUGUAUUACCAAGAUCCUUUCAUUAGCGGAGUUUACUUCUUUGGAACAGGCAGUAUUUUCCUUCAUAUUUUACAGAUCGCAUUUUAUAUUGAAGCCAAAACAGAAAUCAUCAGACUGCUCUUUACUGUUUUAAACACCUUAUUCAUAGUGACACAAAUCAUUUUCCUUCGUAAAUAUUCCAAAGCUAGUUAUCAAGAUGAUUCAAUGAUUCGCAUGGCAUUACUUCAUCUUCUCUCAACCAACAUAAUCUUGUUUUGUCAUAUGUUAAUGUCUCAAUCGCAUCACAGUGCAGUCAAGUCUAUAGACCACAAUGGCAAAACGCUGCGUAUUGGCAAAGUUUUGAAUCACGUCUAUCCGUUCCUUUAUCCAUUCCUGAUCGAAUUCCCAUUGUCCUCACUCGGUGCUAUAUAUAGAUUAUGGAGUGAUCUUAAAGAACUGGAACCCAAACCAGAUGAUAUCUAUAUUGACGACGAGUUGACUGAAAUCAACACAAUGGACUCAGUAAUUUUAGCACCUGGUGAAAAAUUUCUGAAUCCGGAAAGAGACAUCAGAAAGCCAUCAAGCCCCAUGAGUCCAUUCCAAUCACCAAGGAUAAGGAAGUCUACGAGCAAUAUUAUCAUACAGCAGAGUAAAUGUGAUAUUAUGAGGAGAUGUGUGGGCUUAGGAUUGUUAUUUGGGGUCAUAUUUUCUGUUUUCUUCCUUACUGUUGUUGGCGUCACCACAAUGCACACGUCAGCUACAACAGUUCGUAUAUUUUUUAUGACAAAUAUGGCGUACCUGACGUUCACAUGCAUCUCAUGUUGGAUUAUUCUCAAGGGAUUACUCAGUCAAAUGUAUUGUUGGUUUGAUUAUGGUGCUGUUGACGUGAUGUUAUUACUCGCACUCAUAGCGGUACUGUUUCACCAAGGUUUUAUAUUUACUGCAUCAAUAGCUCAAAUCUACAUCUCAAUUUUACCAUGUUAUAUGCUGACUUUAUCUGUCAUGGAGAUAAUACAGUGUAUGCUUCAAACAUCAACAGUUAUCAGAGCCUUACGUUUUCGUAUUGGCUAUAGAUCAAGUUUGGUACGCGAAGCCUCUCUGUUUUUGAUGAUAUGUAAUAUUAUCAUUUGGUUACAGAGAUCUUUCUUAGUACCUCAGACACCUUUUCUCUCAUUGGUUCAAAGCAAUUUCUAUGGCAAAGCAUCUUGGGAUGUAGUAUUUCUUCUGACUUAUCCAUUCCAAGCAUUUUUUCGCUUCCAUUCAACAAUAUGUUUAUACAAUAUAUGGUGUGUUUUUAACGAGUGAAAUAAUGUGGAGGUAUUGAAUGAUUUGAAUCGACAUUUGAAUUUGACCUCAUUAUGCACAAUCAUGUAACUAGAAUUGUACUUUGUUUUUUAAUAUAUUGGCAGAGGGAGGCUAAAAUUGCUACCAACGUAUAUACCAAUUUUAUGCAUGCUCGGCUACCAAUUUUAGCGAUGGCACCAGUCUAGUGUAAACAUAGAACAUUGUAGAAAACAGCAAUUAACUAAAAUAAAAGCAUUUUUAUUUAAUUUUGAGAGUUUCCCGAAUUCCCGUCU